AGGGGAUCGGUUCGUUUUGUGAGACGUUGUUGGAUUUCAAAUCUCCGUUUCGCCCGGACAUUCGGAAUUCUGUUCACGUCCGGCCUUUGGCGCUCAUAAUAGAACUGGAAUACACGAAUGGUUAGCGGUUUGAUUUUGGAAGUUCCUUCUGUUUUGUGUUCGCGACGGAAUUCCGGCGGCUUCGACUGGGUCGGGUGAGGGCUGACUGAAUAUUCGUUGCUUAAUUUGUUUAAAUCCCCGUGUGUGUUUCAUUGUUUUGGUUAAGGAUUUAGUAUUCUUUGUAGUUCGAGUCUUGGAAGCUGUGUGGGUUUUUGUGUUCACCCACCGAAAUUUGGGUUUCGCAUGCUUAUGAAGUUGAACUCACGAUCCGUGGAAUUGUUGAGAGUUUCGUGAUGUUUACGCCGCAGAAGGCUUGGUCUGGAGUCGAUUCUGCCUCGAAUCCCAACUCUGUUACUCCUAAUUUGAGCCGCAGGGGUGAUGGGAUCAAGGGAUCGGCUGAGGCGGCCGCCUUGGAUCAAGAAGGGUUGGCUGAGAAGAUCUACAGACUUGAAAACGAGCUUUUUGAGUACCAAUACAACAUGGGGCUUCUCUUGAUUGAGAAAAGGGAUUGGACUUACAAAUAUGAUGAGCUUAAACAAGCGUUGGCUGAAGCAAAUGACACUCUUAAAAGAGAACAAAUGGCCCAUGUGAUUGCAAUAUCUGAUGCUGAGAAGCAAGAGGAAAAUUUAAAGAUCGCAAUGGGCGUUGAGAAGGAGUGCGUUCUUGACCUGGAGAAGGCUUUACAUGAGAUGCGUGCAGAAAACGCUGAACUUAAGUUUACAGGUGACUCAAAGCUAGCUGAAGCUAAUGCUUUAGUAACUAGCAUUGAAGAAAAAUCUUUGGAAGUGGUGGCGAAACUGCGUGCUGCAGAUGCAAAACUUGCUGAGGUGAGCGGGAAGAAUUCAGAGGUGGAAAGGAAGCUGCAAGAUCUGGAGGCUCGGGAAGGUGCACUUAGAAGGGAUCGUCUAUCCUUCAAUGCAGAACAGGAAGCUCAUGAGGCUACGUUGUCUAAACAACGCGAUGAUUUGCGGGAAUGGGAAAGAAAGCAGCAAGAUGCAGAAGAGAGGCUUGCCAAGGGUCAAACAAUUCUUAAUCAGCGAGAGGAGAGGGCAAAUGGGAACGACGGGAUGGUGAAGCAGAAAGAGAGAGAUCUUGAAGAGGCUCGGAAGAAAAUCGAGUCUGCUAAUUUAGCUCUGAAAAGGAAGGAAGAAGAUAUAAGUAGUAGACUAGCAAACAUAGCUUUGAAAGAGCAGGAAUCCGAUGCAUUGAAAGUUACUUUGGAGAUUAAAGAGAAGGAGUUACUCGUGUUAGAAGAAAAGAUUAGUGCUCGUGAAAAGGUUGAGAUUCAAAAACUUCUUGAUGAACACAAUGUCAUUUUAGAUGCAAAGAAAGUCGAGUUUGAGCUUGAAAUUGAUCGAAAGAGAAAAUCAUUUGAUGAAGAAUUGAAAAACAAAGUGUCUGAAGUGGAGAAAAAGGAAGCUGAAAUCAAGCACAUGGAGGAAAAGGUUGGGAAACAAGAGCAGGCACUCGAAAAGAGAACGGAGAAGUUCAAGGAGAAAGAGGCAGACUAUGAUACAAAGCUCAAAGCUUUGAAAGAAAGGGUGAAGGCUACGAAAUCGGAGGCGGAGAAGCUUGAGGUGGAGAAGAAACAAUUGCUCACUGAUAAAGAGGAUCUGAUAAGUUUAAAGGCGGAAAUGGAGAAGAUUAGAUUCGAAAAUGAUGCACGACUGUCGAAAUUACAUGAAGAGAGGGAAAGUCUUAAAGUGAGCGAGACAGAAAGGUCUGAUUUUCUUGUUUUGCAGUCAGAAUUGAAACAAGAGGUUGAGAAGUAUAGGCAACAGAAAGAACUAUUGCUGAAGAAAGAAGAGGAUUUGAAGCAGCAGAAAGAAAAUUUUGAAAGAGAAUGGGAAGAGCUGGAUGAGAAAAGAGCUUUGGCUGAGCAAGAGAGGAAGACCCUUUUGCAGCAAAAGGAAGAAUUUGAAAAAAGGAUCUUCUCUGAGGAGGAAAGGUUGAAAAAUGAGCGAUCAGAAACGGAAGCUUAUAUCGAUAGAGAGCAGGAAGAUCUAAAGUUAGCCCGAGAGUCCUUUGUAGCUAGUAUGGAGCAUGAGAAAUCCGCUGUUGCUGAAAAAGCUCGAAGUGAGAAAAGUCGAAUGAUGCAUGAUUUUGAACUACGAAAAAGAGAACUCGAAUCUGCCAUGCAGAAUCGAGUGGAAGAAAUGGAAAGAGAAUUCCGUGAGAAAGAGAAGCGGUUUAUAGAAGAGAAGGAGAGAGAGUUGGAGAAUAUUAAGUUUUUAAGAGAUGUUGCGAGAAGAGGAAUGGACGAGCUGAAACUCGAGAGACUUAAAACUGAGAAAGAAAAGCAGGAAACUAUAGCUAAUAAAGAACAUUUGGGAAGGCAGAGAAUUGAAAUACGUAAGGACAUUGAAGAGCUUCUCGAACUUAGCAAUAAGUUGAAAGACCAGCGAGAACGACUUAUUGUGGAGCGAGAUCGUUUUUUGUCAUAUGUUGACAAACGCAAGACCUGCAAGAACUGUGGGGAAACAGCAUCUGCAUUUAUGCUUUCAGAUUUUCGAUAUUUGGAUAGUAUUGAAAAUGCUGAUGUUCUUAAUCUGCCUGGACUGCCUGGACUGCCUGAUAGAUACAUGGAAAUUCAAGGACUCCAGGCGUUUCCUGGUGGAGCUCUGGGUAUUUCUGAUGUGCGAAACGGGGAACUGACUCCGGGCGUAGCUGGUCCAAAAUCUCGUGUUUCUGGUGGAACCAUUUCUUGGCUUCGUAAGUGCACGUCUAAGAUUUUUAAGUUCUCUCCAGGUAAAAAGAUUGCAUCUCCAGCUGAGAAACAGGAUGAUGAGGCACCAAAGAAAGAUGAACAUGAUGAGGCAGAGUUAUCUAUUGCAAUUGCAAGUGAUUCCCUUGAUUACAAGAGAGUUCAGUCUGAUGUUAGUGGCAGGGAGGUUGAACCAAGCCGGAAUUCAACUGAUGAUCAAAGUAACAUUGUUACUAAGGCACCAGAAGUUGCAGUCGAUUCCCAACCUUCUGACGUAAGGGUAGCAAAUCAGCGAAAACUACGUCCCAGGAGAGAAAAGCCUAAAGUCGGUAGAACUCGGUCGGUUAAGGCAGUUGUUGAAGAUGCUAAGGCUAUAGUUGGGGGACGUCAGCAAAUUCAACAGGUUGAGUAUCCAAAUGGAUAUGCUGAGGAUUCUAGUCAGCUGAAUGAGAGUCGAGAUGAAUCUAGUCUUGCUAGCAAAGGCACGCAAGGGAAUUCGCGGAAGAGGACACGCGCUAAUUCAUCUCAAAUCAUGGAUGAGAAUGAUCAUGAUGACAGUGAGGUACGCUCUGGCAGUGUCGUGGAAGUUCAACCACGAAAAAGGCGACAGAAGGCUGCCCCAGCUGUGCGAGCUCCCGAAAAACGAUACAAUCUCCGGCGAACUAAAGCUGCUUCUAAGGACCCUUCUACCGUUAAUAAAGAAAAGGAAGAAGAUGCUCCUGUUAAUCGUACAGCGGAAGACGUUCACCAUUCAAAAGUUCGUCCUACACCAUCAAUGGGGGUCACUAGCAACAGUGCUGGAAGCACUCAUCUCGUAAGACAUGAGAGAGUUGGAGAUGGUCAAGACGAUGUUAUUGCUGGCACGUCCAAAAACUCAACUGAUAUGGUAUCUCUGAGUGAGGAAGUGAAAGCAGGCAAGGACGUGAACCCUGGCCAAUACAAAAGUGAAUCUUGUGAGGAAGUUGGAGAUGAAGAUGAAGAAGAGUCAAAUCAUCCAGGUGAAGUUUCAAUAGCAAAGAAGCUUUGGAUGUUCACCACAACAUGGUUUUUGUGCCCACCCUCCGUUGAAUUUUGGGUUUCGCACGCUUAUGAAGUUGAAUUCACGAUCCCUGGAAUUGGGUUUAGUUCCGAAGUUGGUGCUGUUGAGAGUUUCGUGAUGUUUACGCCGCAGAAGGCUUGGUCUGGUUGGCCCCUCACGCCCAAGACCGGGGCCCAGAAGGGUGGAGCCGGUUCUGCCUCGAAUCCUAACUCUGUUACUCCUAACUUGAGCCGCAGGGGUGAUGGGAUCAAGGGGAAGACCGUUGCUUUUGGUGAAACUGCGACGCCUCUUUCAGGUACUGUAGUUGAAAAUGGGAGAGACAUGUUUGUGGGGUCGGCUGAGGCGGCCGCCUUGGACCAAGAAGGGUUUGCUGAGAAGAUCUCGAGACUUGAAAACGAGCUUUUUGAGUACCAGUACAACAUGGGGCUUCUCUUGAUUGAGAAAAAGGAUUGGGCUUUAAAAUAUGAAGAGCUUAAACAAGCAUUGGCUGAAGCAAACGACACUAUCAAAAGAGAACAAAUGGCCCAUAUGAUUGCAAUAUCUGAUGCUGAAAAGCAAGAGGAAAGUUUAAAAAAGGCAUUGGGGGUUGAGAAGGAGUGCGUUCUUGAUCUGGAGAAGGCUUUACGUGAGAUGCGUGCAGAAAAUGCUGAAAUUAAGUUCAUAGGUGACUCAAAGCUAUCUGAAGCCAAUGCUUUAGUAACUAGCAUUGAAGAAAAAUCUUUGGAGGUGGAGGCAAAACUUCGUGCUGCUGAUGCAAAACUUGCUGAGGUGAGCCGGAAGAACUCAGAGGUGGAAAGGAAGCUGCAAGAUCUGGAGGCUCGGGAAGGUGCACUUAGGAGGGAUCGUCUAUCCUUCAAUGCAGAACGAGAAGCUCUCGAGGCUACAUUGUCUAAACAGCGCGAUGAUUUACGGGAAUGGGAAAGAAAGCAGCAAGAUGCAGAAGAGAGGCUUGCCAAGGGUCAAACAAUUCUUAAUCAGCGAGAGGAGAGGGCUAAUGAGAAUGAUAGGAUGGUGAAACAGAAAGAGAGAGAUCUUGAAGAGACUCAGAAGAAAAUUGAGUCUGCUAAUUUAGCUCUGAAAAGGAAAGAAGAAGAUAUAAGUAGUAGGCUAGCUAACAUAGCUUUGAAAGAGCAGGAAUCCGAUGCAUUGAAAGUUACUUUGGAGAUUAAAGAGAAGGAGUUACUUGUGUUAGAAGAAAAGCUUAGUGCUCGUGAAAAGGUUGAGAUUCAAAAACUUCUUGAUGAACACAAUGCCAUUUUAGAUGCAAAGAAAGUUGAGUUUGAGCUGGAAAUUGAUCAAAAGAGAAAAUCUUUAGAUGAAGAAUUGAAAAACAAAGUGUCUGAAGUGGAGAAAAAGGAAGCUGAAAUCAAGCACAUGGAGGAAAAGGUUGCUAAAAGAGAGCAGGCACUCGAAAAGAGAACAGAGAAGUUCAAGGAGAAAGAGGCAGACUAUGAUACAAAGCUCAAGGCUUUGAAAGAAAGAGAGAAGUCAAUGAAAACUGAGGAGAAGAAGCUUGAGGCAGAGAAGAAACAAUUGCUCACUGAUAAAGAGGAUCUGAUCAGUUUAAUGGCUGAAGUGGAGAAGAUUAGAGCGGAGAAUGAAGCACAACUGUUGAAAUUACAUGAAGAGAAGGAAAGUCUUAAAGUGAGUGAGACAGAGAAGUCUGAUUUCCUCCGUUUGCAGUCUGAAUUGAAACAAGAGAUAGAGAAGUACAGGGAACAGAAAGAACUACUGCUGAAGGAAGCAGAGGAUUUGAAGCAGCAGAAAGAAACUUUUGAGAGAGAAUGGGAAGAGCUGGAUGAGAAAAGAGCUCAGGUUGAGAAAGAGCAGAAGACUCUUUUGCAGCAAAAGGAAGAAUUUGAAAAAAGGAUCUUCUCUGAGGAGGAAAGGUUGAGAAAUGAGCGAGCAGAAACUGAAGCUUAUAUCCUUAGGGAGCAGGAAGAUCUAAAGUUAGCCCAAGAAUCCUUUGCAGCUAGUAUGGAGCAUGAGAAAUCCGCCAUUGCUGAAAAAGCUCAAAGUGAUAGAAGCCAAAUGUUGCAUGAUUUUGAACUACAAAAAAGAGAACUAGAAUCUUCCAUGCAGAAUCGGGUCGAAGAAAUGGAAAGAGAAUUCCGUGAGAAAGAGAAAUUGUUUAAGGAAGAGAAGGAGAGAGAGUUGGAGAAUAUUAAAUUUUUAAGAGAUGUAGCUAGAAGAGACAUGGAGGAACUGAAACUCGAGAGACUCAAAACUGAUAAAGAAAAACAGGAAGCUGAAGCUAAUAAAGAACAUUUGGAAAAGCAGAGAAUUGAGAUACGUAAGGACAUUGAAGAGCUUCUCGAACUUAGCAAUAAGUUGAAAAACCAGCGAGAACGGCUUGUGGAGGAGAGAGAUCGCUUUAUUUCAUAUGUUGACAAACUCAUGACCUGCAAGAACUGUGGGGAAACUGCAUCUGAGUUUGUGCUUUCAGAUUUACAAUCUUUGGGUGGUAUUGAAAAUGCUGAUGUUCUUAAUCUGCCCGGACUUCCUGAUAGAUAUAUGGAAAUUCAAGGACUGCAUGUGUCUCCAGGUGGAACUCUGGGUAUUUCUGAUGUGCGAAAUGGUGAACUGACUCCAGGCGCAGCUGGUCCAACACCUCAUACUUCUAGUGGAACCAUUUCUUGGCUUCGUAAGUGCACGUCUAAGAUUUUUAAGUUCUCUCCAAGUAAAAAGAUUGCAUCUCCAGCAUUUGAGAAACAGGAUGAUGACGAGGCACCAAUAUCAGACGAACAUGAUGUUCCGGCCGAACCUUCCAAGAGAGUAUCUGCAAGUGAAGAGGAGGCAGAGUUAUCUCUUGCAAUUGCAAGUGAUUCUCUUGACGACAAGAGAGUUCAGUCUGAUGUUAGUGGCAGGGAGGUUGAACCAAGCCUGAAUCUUUCAACUGAUGAUCAAAGUAACGUUAAUAGUAAGGCACCAGAAGUUGCAGUUGAUUCCCAACCUUCUGCCACAAGGGUAGUAAAUCAGCGAAAACUACGUCCCAGGAGAGAAAAGCCUAAAAUCAGUAGAACUCGCUCUGUUAAGGCGGUUGUUGAAGAAUCUAAGGCUAUAAUUGGGGAACUUCAGCAAACGGUUGAGUAUCCAAAUGGAAAUGCUGAGGAUUCUAGUCAGCUGAAUAAUGAGAGUCGGGAUGAAUCUAGUCUUGCUGGCAAAGGCACACGAAGGAAUUUGAGGAAGAGAACACACGCUAAUUCAUCUCAAAUCAUGGGUGAGAAUGAUAAUGAUGACAGUGAGGUACGCUCUGGCAGUGUUGUUGAAGGUCAACCACGGAAAAGGCGACAGAGGGCUGUCCCCGCUGUGCGAGCUCCCGAAAAACGAUACAAUCUCCGGCGAACUAAAGCUGUAGGUGCUUCUAAAGACCCAUCUAACAUUAGUAAAGGAAAUGAAGAAGAUGCUCCUGUUAAUCGUACAGAGGAAGACGUUCACUAUUCAAAAGCUCGUCCUACACCAUCAAUGGGGGUUGCCAGCGACAAUGCUGGAAGCACUUACCUUGUAAGGUGUGGUACUGUUGGAGAUAAUCAAGAUGUCACUAUUGCUGGUACGUCGAAAAAUUCAACUGAUAUGGUAUCUCUGAGUGAAGAAGUGAACGGGUCACCGGAAAUUGCAGGCAAGUACGGCGAUCGCGGGAAAUACAAAAGUGAAUCUUGUGAUGAAGAUGAUGAUGAUGAUGAAGAAGAGUCGGAACAUCCAGGUGAAGCUUCCAUAGGGAAGAAGCUGUGGACCUUUUUCACAACGUGACCAUUUGACCUGCCCUUCUUAUAAUAAUGUUGACUGUUGAAGAUGGGUAAGUGGGUCAACUUGUGUAGGAUUGAUUUGAUGAUGGUAGGGAGAGAAGGUUUAGGAUGUGUAACAAGAAUUCAAAUGUAGUUAGAACUACGAAUUUGUGAGGGCAGGGGGAUUUGCUUUCUACUUCCUUCCCCCUCUUUUUUUCUUCUUUUAGGAUUCAGGAUACUCCAGCCAUUUUAUAUAUUGACACUCUCUAUCCUUAGCGCUAGUUAUUUGACGUUACGGUAGCCGCUGACCCGUGGAUUCUCGGCUAUGCCCCCGAAAUUUGUUUGUAUCAAAAUGUUUGCCUCUAUGUUAGUUCUUGAAUGAUUUUGUUUUAACCUUAUUGAUUUGAUUCCCUUUCUCA